UAAACUUUGCCCUGUCAUGUGACCGCUUUCAAAAUAGGGAUAUCUUUAUUUCUCGUCGACAGUUUAAAAUGAAGUUUGUCAAUCUGUUUGGGAGGAUGAAAUCAGUGGUCAUUGGGAUGAUUCAUGUUCGGGCUCUUCCAGGCACCCCCUUGAACACUGCAACCUUGCCGGAGAUAACCGAAGAGGCCUGUCGUGAAGUGGAAAAUUACCAAAGAGCUGGACUCGAUGGAUUGAUAAUUGAGAACAUGCACGAUAUUCCAUACACAUUUGAUGUUGGACCAGAGAUCUGUGCCAGUAUGACAGCCGUCUGUGCUGAAGUUAAGCGUCUCUGUCCAUCCAUGCCACUUGGAGUCCAGGUCUUGUCUGCCGCCAAUCAAGCUGCACUGGCUAUAGCACUUGCUUCAGGUCUGGAUUUUAUCCGAGCGGAAGGAUUUGUAUUUUCACAUGUUGCUGAUGAGGGUCUCCUGAAUGCUUGUGCUGGAGAUCUUUUGCGAUACCGCAAGAAAAUAGGAGCACACCAUCUACAGAUCUUCACUGAUAUUAAGAAGAAACACAGCUCCCAUUCUAUAACGGCUGAUGUGGGAAUUGUUGAGACAGCCAAAGCUGCAGAGUUCUUCCUCUCUGAUGGACUCGUCAUUACGGGAACAGCCACUGGGGUUCAGGCUGAUCCCAUUGAACUCAGAGAGGUUGCACAGGCUGUGAGAACCCCUGUGCUGAUAGGCUCAGGGGUGACUGAAGACAAUGUGCAGCACUACCUCGAUGCAAACGCUAUGAUUAUUGGCUCCCAUUUCAAAAGAGGAGGAUAUUGGGCCAAUGAAGUGGACCCAGAGAGGGUGAAAAGGUUCAUGGGAAAGGUGGAUGAACUCCGGAAGUGAAGCAGUGCACAGUAUUCCGUUCAGUGGCAAUGUAUCUCUGUGGCUAUUUUUGGUAAAUACAACUGUAAAACAUAAGCUUCCAGUCAUAGCAAAUUAUGCUGUAUUCUCAUAGGUUCAAGUUAAAAAUCCACAGCAAGUUUAUGAAAACAUAUUUAUUUGACUUUUUUUCAGAAGGGUGUUUUAUCAAAUAUAUAUACUCGGUAAUACAAAAUGACUUUUACAAAUAUUUACAAGAUUUCCGCAACGAAAGUAGCAAACAUUUCAGAGCACACCACAAUUUAGCAGUUUCAUAAGUGAAAUGCAUUUUGCACACUCAAACCCUAGCUGUAUUCUACUACACGCAAAAAGGAAUAAAUGUACUUGCAGAUAAUUAAGUUAUUUUUGUUUUUGACACAUUACGAAUGCAGGUAUCAAUAAACUGUUUAAAACAUGA